ACAUCCUUGCGGCCAUUAUCCGAAAGAACUAAACCAAAGACUGAGCUCAAGCUACCGGCGCAGGGACACCGGAAAUGGCGGCCCUCUCGGCGAUGAUGCUUCCGCUUGCUUCCUCUCUAUCCACCUUCAUCCGAGGCGAGAACACUUCUUCGUCUCUCCCGACCUCUCUCCCCCUCUCCCUCUCUAACUAUUCUUCAACUUCUCCAAAGCUCAGAGGGAUCAGAAUCCAAUGCGUUCGAGUCGGAGGUGUGGAAAUACCUAACAACAAACGCGUAGAGUUCUCGCUGCAGCACAUCCACGGCGUCGGCCGAAGCCGUUCUCGUCAGAUCCUCUGCGACCUCGGAAUGGAGAAUAAAAUCACUAAAGAUCUCUCUGAAGAUGAGCUCAUCCAACUCCGUGAUGAAGUUUCCAAGUAUAUGAUCGAGGGAGACCUCAAACGUUUCAAUCGGCUGGCGAUUGAGAGGUUGAAGGAGAUCCGAUGCUACAGGGGGAUUAGGCACCAGAUGGGGCUUCCGUGCAGGGGCCAGAGGACGAAGAACAAUUGCAGAACGCUCAAGGGUAAGAAGGUAGCGGUAGCCGGAAAAAAGAAGACUAAGUGAUGGUAUCUUCUUCUACUAUUCUGAGUGGAUGGUGUAUGUCUCUUGUUAUUAUUUAGUCCAAUUCUUCUUCUACCUGUGGAAAGGCUACCAAAAAUUCUUUAUGAGACCUCUCCAAUGGAAUUAUCUUGAUUUC